AUGAGUCGCAGCAGAUCCAACAGUACAAGCAGCUCUUCUUCAGACGACUUUGACAAAGACUACGCCGAUGGGACUUACAUGGACCACAGAGGCUUCCGUGCCGAGGCAUUGAUGGCAUUAGCAGAUGUCUACCAAUAUAAAGAAGCGGAUCCAAUGGAUGAAUUUGGAUUCCCUAAAAUAGCUGAGGACUGGGAGUUAUCCCAGUUUUGGUAUGACAAUGAGACCGGAGACAAAGUGAUAGACUUCAUAGCCAAUUAUGUGAAUAUGAGAGAGAACUGUAAUGUCGCUUGUAUAUCCACCCCAUCAAUCUACAAAGCUUAUUUAAGAAAUAAGAAUAAAGUGCCUCGAGCAACUUUCACCCUUUUUGAGUACGACACAAGGUUCCAAUCCACCGGUGUCAACUUCACAUUUUAUGACUUAAAUAAACCGGAAAUGGUCCUGGAGAAGUACAUCCAUCUCUUCGAUUUGUUAAUCAUUGAUCCUCCUUUCUUGUCUGAAGACACCACAGACAAAGUCUAUAAAACGGCACAACUCAUUGCUAAACCAAAUGAAUGCGAAAUUGUGUAUGUCACGGGUUUGAAGGUCGAAGAGUGGCUAAAAAAGUGUUAUUCAAAUAUUCAAUUAACAGACGUGUCUGUUCGCCACGAACAUUUACUUAAAAACCCAUUCGGUCUUUUUUCAACUAAAGUCCCUUUAAUUUGA